AUGGUCGUUGCAUGGUCUUCGGAAGAACGUAUCGGGGAGUUGGACCUGAACGUAGCCGAACCGUUCAAAGACUGCGCGCUCCGAUCGGAAACUUCCGUGUCGUCUUUCAUCGUUCUCAGGACCGACGUGGACGGCGACACUCUCACAAUUAACGGACAAGCGGCCAUCCCCCGGCGAAGACAAUGCGCCCCGCCGGCGCACUGUCCCUUGGCCCCGUUCCGCACGGAUGUGCCUUUUGUAGCGCGACCCGCCUUAAAACCCGCGGCCCGCAAACGCUUCUUCGCAGAUGAUUGCGUGCCCUGGCUUUCACCGGUGCACAUGGACGGCGGAGACUGCGGCCGGAAGACGACGGGCAUGCGGCCGGCCACGACGGUCUACGCGCUACGGUUCACGCAGUGGCCGUUGGCGGCGUUACUGCUUGUCCUGCUGCGGAGCUCAGCGCUCGGGUCCGAGUUUCCCCACCACCACAGCGGCCCCGGCGGAGUGGUGGUGCUCUACCACAAGGAGUCCCCUUUCUCCGGAGGGGACCGCGGGAGGUCCAACGGCCACUUCCCCAAGAGCAAGCACGGCUCCACGUCGCUGGUGCCCGCGGCCUCCAUAUUGCCCUCGGGCUUUGUCCACGGGCGACCGGCGUGUGCUAGGGACUUGGACUUGUGUGUCUUCAACCACGACUACCCCAUAGACAAGGUGCAGUCGAUCGUGGACCGGUACUACAACCAGAUGUAUGACCUGCACCACACGCUGUACAAGACACCGCCGCACGAGGUGCAGUGGGUGGAGAACUACACCCUGGCCUUUGCCCAGGAGAAGCAGCACGGCAGCUUCGUGUGCCGCUCCGAGGCCGUCUACCUGCGCAUCGGCUGGGCCAAGAACUGGAAGGGCCUCUGGCUGACCGUCGUCAACACCGAGCGCUUCCCGCAAGUCACGCGCGUCGAAAAGUGCAAGUACCGGGGCAAGCCGUGCGACUACAUGGUGCCCUGCUACAAGUCGUCGUGCAAGCAGCGCGAGAUGCUCUUCCCACUCAUCGCCGUCAACCCGUACGACCCGGGACAGAAGCCCAGCAUCGAGCUGUUCCCCAUCCCCAGCGGAUGCGUCUGCUACGUCGACGAUUUCCGGUUCCACUGA